AUGUCAUUUUUACAAAAAUUUUAUUAUGACAAUCAAUUCAAUAACCUUUGGAUUGAUGAUCCAUUUCAUGAAACUGUCUUACUUGAAAAUGAAAUGAUAACAGUUUAUGUUGAACUUCCAAGAAGAAUCCCUGGUGGUUUAAGUCACAAUGAUUUUAAAAUCUUAUCUGAUAUUAGAGUUAAAGCUCAUAAUUUUGAUUGUUAUUUUAAUGUAUUAGGAUUUUCAUUUGGAUUUUCUCAUAUUAUCGGUUUAAUUCCAUUUGUUGGUCCAAUAGUUGAUUUAUACCUUUCAUUAUUAAUCCUUUGGAAAGCUAAAAAUGUCGAUAAUAAUUUACCUUAUGAUGUUUAUUUCAUAUUUUUAAUUAAUAUUCUUGUUAAUUUUGUGUUUAGUUUCUUCCCAAUCAUUGGUGAUAUCAUUUCAACCAUUUAUAAACCAAAUGCUAGAAAUUUCUACGUUUUAAAUAGACAUUUAGCAAGAAUCGGUAGAAGAAAGAGUAUUACUCUUGAACGUCGUCAAUCAGUUGAUGAUACUGCGGAUGAAACUGAAACUUUGGUUAAUGUUGAAGAUGAACCGGUAGAUAAACCUAUUGAUACUGCUUUGACUUAUAUUAGUGAAAUUCAUAAUAGAAAAUCAAUUGCUUCUGAUGCAAAUCCAGUUGAACUUUUAAAGAGUGUCGAUUAUAAAUUCAUCAAUUAA